CACCUUGUGUAAUCAUCCACCUAUGACCUCACUGAUAAAUCAGCAGAUGAGUUUUUGUCCAAAUUCACUUUGAGCUUAUUUAUCUCGGACGGAACUAGCCAGCAGCGGCUGCGUGUGGCUAAAUGUUAAGAAGCUAGUUAAGUAGUUAAACUAAGCUGUCUGGUGUCGUCACUGAUCAACAGAUGCCUUCACCAUGAUGCUGAGCUGCAGUGCCCUGGUCGUCGCCUUCCUGCUGUCCCAGGCUGGCGGCUUCUUGAACCCCUCGGAGGACGACGGUGUCCCUGAUGAUUGGGUGCUGCUUCAUGUGGUUCAGGGCCACAUCGGGGCUGGAAAUUACAGCUACCUACGCCUCAACCACGAUGGCAGAAUCAUCCUGCACAUGCACACCAUCAAAGGGGACGCCGACUUGUAUGUGUCGGACAAAACCCUGCGGCCGAGUUUUGAUACAUACAAGCUGCAGUCAGUCACCUGUGGUCAAGACGUUGUGGUGGUGCCGGGGGACUUUUCAAGGCCCGUGGGCAUUGGCAUUUAUGGCCACCCAUCUCACCAAGAGAGUGAGUUUGAAAUGCGGGUGUUCUACGAUCAGAUGGUGCCUCAGGACCCGUUUGAUAAGGGCUCGUACCCCUCAGAAGAUGGACAGAAGCAUAAAAAAUCCCCGCAGGCUCCAGAGGAGGACUUUCAAGAAGAGGAGUCGAUCUUUUGGACAAUUCUGAUUGGACUUUUGAAGAUUAUAGUUGAAAUUUUGUUUUGAAAAUUGUUUCACUUUUGCUGCGUUAUCAGAAGGAAAAGCUUCAGCCUGAACACAUUAUAAAAUAUGUUGCAGGGUUAGUGGUUGGGAUUAACCAAUUCUAGGAUUUCAAUAACUAAGAAUUAAGAAAAAAUGCAAAACCUUUGCUGAAGGUCAUACUACUGAAGCCUCAUUAUAUAGAUGUGUUAAAUGUUUGGGAUAACUUGUCAGAUUUAGGAUGUUCUUUUACUUUAUCUCAUAAACACAGAGACUGGUGUUUUUAAGAUGAAUCACUUGUUCAUCAUUUAGUCUUUGGUUAGAGUCAACCAGUUUCUGCAGUCUUAAACAAUAGUUCAAGAAGUUUUCCAGCAAAACUGAAAAUAAUAUCACAUCCUAUUUAUUUUGAAAGAGAUACUGGUCACUGUAUUAACUUCUUCUGGCCUGCAAACAACAUUAGCCUCCUUUCCACCACAGGAACUAUUAUCAUUUGCCUGUGAUUUUGAAAAAUCUCAGUGCGUUACCAUCUAAAUUACUUACCGACAAAACUUUCCCUCAACCCCCAAACGUUCCCUGAAAAAAGCACCUAGAAUGGGGUUAGGACUUUACAGAUACCUUGGAAUUCUUGAGGAGUGCAGCUAUGUGCUGAACAAUGCUGAUUUAUGAAACACACUUGCAGCAUUCCACACUUCUAUUUCAAAUUUCUUUCAGCUAUUUUAUAGGGGUGUAACAGUGCACUCGUUUGUACUGAACCGUUUUGGAUCGGGGCUUUCAAUACAAUACGGAGGUAUACCAAACAAAUACAUGUAGCCUAUGUGAAGAACGCAAACACUCGGGAAGCAGGGUGGCCGCAAGCAAAACCUAUGCGCGGGAUUUCCCCUAUAUGCUUAGAAAACCACUUUAUGUUGAGGCUUUGGUGCCAAUAAGGGGGGGCGAUAAACAAGAAAACAGAGAAUAUGACAGAGGCACAGAAGCUGAGUCAGAUGUUCGAAGCUGUUGAGUUUAAGUCUGAUUGAUGUUACAGAACACCCCCCCACUAGUCUCCUUCACUGUAUCGAACCGAAUACCCCUGUACCAAAAAUAUACCGAACCGAAAUUUUUCUGUACUGUUACACCCUUGCUAUUUUAGAAAUAUUGUAAUAGUAUAACUCCAAUAGUGCGUAAAAAUGUAUUGUUUUUUUCUGAAAUGGAAACAAAAAGGCAUAGCUCUUAAGCUCUCCACAAAUCUGGGGGAAACCCCUGAUGUGUGGAUCGCCAAUAGGUCAUUUUCCACCUAAACCAGUUAUAGUUGUUUAUUUGCCAUUUACACAUUGAUAAUGGACUUCCUUGCUCCAAUUGAAGCUCUGAAAUCUCAAACCAAAUCAUCUGGGACCUCAAUGAUUGCAUUAAAAAACCAUUCGAUGCACCAUUGGGUAGUAGAUAAUAUCUCUUCAAAAACAUUUAACAGUGCUGAAUUUGAGAAGUCGAAUAAUUAGCGUAAAAUAUCACAGUCUGGGAGACACUGCUAAAGCAUUACUGUGAUAUAUUUUUGGCUUCUCCUAGAUUGCAUCAGAGUUGGUCUUUACAUGCCUUUACAUUAUCAUCACAAAGCACAUCAUUUAAAUUUCUUACACAUCUUAGAGUGGGAGUGUCAAACAUGCAGCCCGUGGGCCAAAACCAGCCCGCCAAAUGGUCCAAUUUGGCCCCAAAUGCAAAAAUUACACUUAGAUAUUAACAGUCAAUGACAUAAAAAUCAUUUUAAUGUAGA